UUUUGAACUUUGCUCAAUGUGGAUUGAACCAUUCUCGAUAAUGGACUCAUAUAUAAUAAAAGCCCUCAUAUAGUGAAGAAAUAAAGCCAAGAAGUUGCAAAUGUUGCACCUCAUCCAAAAAGGAAAGACCCAACACUAAAUAUUACAAACCCAAUAAUUCUUCCUCAUCCUAUUUCAAUAUCUUUGAGAUUACUUUGUACUAUAGAAGGAAUGCUUUCAAUGAUCUGUCCAUCGAACCAAGUACUGUCUUGUCUCAGAAUAGCUUUAAUGUAUCUCCAUCUAGAGAAUUAUACUGUUUAGAAUUACUUAAGUUCAUAGGUUAUCUUCUUACCAAUCAAGGUGAAACAGGUGUAAUGGAUAAAGUUGACAAUAAAGGAUGCCCCGGCAGUCCCAGCAAAAAUCCAUGCAUAAUAAAGAACAAAGAAUUUUAAUAACUUUAAAGAAUUUUCCAAACUUAGUCAAGCACAUUGCCGGAAGUAAUAUAUUAAAACAUGGUGGUUACCUAAACUAUUUGAUUGACAAUUAG